GUGACAAGAAAAUUAAGAGACCUUAUAUUAGUCGCGUCGUUUUUCUUCGUCGGCCACCGCACCGCACGCGGUCCUAAUCGUACUGUCACCACUAACAUUCUUGCAUGUCCAUGAUUUCCCAUCGUUUCUUCUGUAGAUUUGUUCUUUACCACCACCACCAGCAGCUUCAUGAUGAGCCUCUUCCAUUACAACAACAGAGAGCCCUAAUUUUGCCGUAGAAGUAAAUAUCUACCCAAGCAUCGGUACCACCGUCAAAUCACCUUGAGUUACCACAUUCACUCUCCCUUUCUCUUUCUCUGGAAGGACAAGCUGUGAAAAUCCCAGUUUACAGCAAGAGCAAUGUCAGAUUUUCAGACCUCGACUCAUCGAUCUAAGUGAAUUUUCACCCCGAAUGAUCUGGUGGAAAAAUACCAAGUCAGUAAUCAAAGAGCUGUGAGAACACUACAUCAGUAUGGGUCCACACGUAUGGAAGUGGACAUUGAUGGGUCGUUGUCUUACCCCGAACCCCAAUUUGACAUAACACAAGCUGAAAAACACUCUUUUCCUAAGCCACUAAGUACUGAAGAAGAGCAACUUAUGCGGGUGUUCUAUGAGCAUAAAAUCCAGGAAGUUUGUGGAGCGUUUGGAUUCCCACAUAAAAUUCAGGCAACAGCCAUCACAUACUUCAAAAGGUUUUAUCUUCAAUGGUCUGUUAUGGAGCAUCACCCAAAGCACAUAAUGUUAACUUGUGUAUAUACGUCAUGUAAAGUAGAGGAAAACCAUGUCUCAGCAGAAGAGGUUGGCAAAGGGAUUCAACAGGAUCAUCAAGUGAUUCUCAAUAAUGAGAUGAUAGUUCUUCAGAGUCUAGGAUUCGAUCUUAUUGUGUAUGCACCAUAUCGUUCCAUUGAAGGUUUUAUUGAUGAUAUGGAGGAUUUCUGCCGAGCAAAGGAUGAUACGCUACAAAGAUUGAAGGAUUUACAAGAAAGAGCCAAGUUGGAAGUAGAUAAAGCCAUGCUUACGGAUGCGCCCCUCCUUUUUCCUCCCGGGCAGUUAGCAUUAGCUGCCUUGCGCAAGGCAAAUGAUGUGCAUACAGUAGUCGAUUUCCCAAGGUACUUGGAACACGUGUAUUCUCUUCAGCAUUCCAAUCAUAUCAUCUCAGAGUUGAUAGAGUGUCUGAAUGCUAUAGAUUAUUUGGUGAUGAAACUUAAGAUACCUACGGCGAAGGAUAUGAGGCAUACUGACCGGAAACUCAAAUCCUGUUUGGAUCCAAGCUCACAGGAAGACAGUAAGAAACGGGAGAAGAAAUCCAAGCACAAGUCGCGGAAAACUUCAAGUACAGCUUAUGGAGUUCCCGCUAGUGCGACUUCAUGAAAGAAACUCAUGUUUAUCUUUUGUACAGCGCAUGGGAAUGUCCACUGACAUGACACUUUUUAGCAAGAGGCAUAAUGAACUAGCUCUACAUUUUUUAGGCACCCCUUAUCACACUAUCUUGGUUGGAUUAACAUCAAUAGCCCUCAAUUAUUUUGGGUAUACCUCAACCUGACGAGUACAAUUUGUUCCAAUUUUCCUUAGACCAAGUCGUUUUUUUUUUGUUUUUUUUUUUUUGUCAAGAGAAAAAGAGAGAAUAAUCUACUGAUUCACACUGACAUACCAAAAACCAACUCCAAUGUUGUUGUAACUGGAAUUCUUGGAUGGGGUUGGGUGAGGAGUAUUUAGGAAUACCUUUAUUUCUGCAUAGAUCAAGACAAUAGAACUGCCAAGGAAUUUUUGAUAA